CAAGCUACCUAGCUAGCUAGCUAGCUAGAGUUAGCCAAGUUGUUUGGCAAGACAGCUGUCAGCACGAAUGACAGUACAUAUAAAUCAUGACUUCAUUCGUGACAGAAGUGCUUGCUAGUUCUGGCAAGCUGGAAAAGGAUGACUUAAUGACCAAGAUCUCCAAAUUAACCCGAAAAUCAGAUGACAUUAAGGCUGAGGCAACGUACAUGAUAAAGAAGGAAUAUGACAACUUCUUACCGACCUACGACCUUGCUGAAAGACUGGGCAGAGAGGUGGAGGGCAUGUACAAAGAGAUUGAUGACCUGAGAGACGUCAUUGAGAAUGAGGUGCAGCAGGAUCUCAAUAAGUCUGUCACAGAGUUCACCAGACUGGGUGCACAGCUCGGGAGGACCAAAGUGGUCCUUAACCUAUGCCAGCAUCUGGUAGAGUUUGAUAAUGCACUUAAUGAAUUCCAUAAAGCCAUGAGGCAGAAGGAGUACGUGCUUGCUGCGGAGCAACAUGGCAAGGCCCAGGACGCCGUGUCGAAGGUGAAGAAGUGCUGCGGUGCGGAGAUCCCCCUGCUGUCCGUGCUGAUGUCCGAGCUGACCAUCCAGAAGGAGACCCUCCUUUACCACCUGGGAGAUGAGUGGUCUAAGAUGGUGACGUGGACCCUGCCCCCACCAAAUAAAGAGCUGACCUCGGCAGAGCCCUUCCUGGGUGUGAAGCUGCACCUGAGCCGAGAGGGGAAAGCCUACGAGCCCGACCUGGCCAACGUCCUGCGUGCCCUGGCCAUCCGAGGAGACCUCCAGCGCAAGCUCGCGCAGUUCGCCCAGUUGUUGCUGAAGUACGUGCUGAAGCCGGUGAUCCUCCACCCGUCGCUGGUGGUGGAGGUGAGCGAGUCGUCGUACGGCGCGGCCCUCACGGCCAUCAGCCUGGCCAGCAGAGAGACCGGUGCCCCCCAGCACCGCCAGCCCCCGGACCUCUACCAGCAGGUCCUCACCGUGCUCAAGGCCCUGCACGAGCAUCCCUUCAAUGCCACGGUGGGGGAGCAGAAGGUGUGUGAGAUUCUGGGCGGCCUGAUCUGGGAGGAGCUGUCGGAGAACAUCAUCCAGGACUGCCUGGUGCACUCCAUCCCAGCCAGGAGCAGCCAGCUCGACCAGUACGCCGAGGUGAUCAACCAGACCAAGUGCUUUGAGCGCUCCCUGCAGGACAUGGGCUACCUGCGGGAGGAGGCCACGGACCUGCUCAAGUACGCCCAGAACUACAACCGCCACUUCAUCAGCAGGAAGUGCCAGGACGUCAUCGUGGAGGCCCGCCGCCUCAUGACCUCGGAGAUCCAUGACACCGUCAAGAUCUCCCCCGACUACAAGGUGUCUCUCCCAGCGCUGCCCAGGCAAGCGGGGGACAAGAAGAAGCGGGGCAGCCCGAAGAUGGAGACUCCUGCCCUGACGCUGUCUCUGGAGACCCCUGGUGGUCAGCAGCAGCAACAGCAGCAGCUGGAGGCGCGCACCAUGGCCCUGCCAGCCUGCCGCGUCAGCCGCCCCGCUCAGCAGAUCCUGGAGCUGGCGGUCACCACGCUGGCCGAGGCAGCUGACCGGUCCAACACAAGUGCUGUGCAGAUCCUCUUUGCUGUGAGAAACAUAUUCCAGUUGUUCUGCAACGUUGUUCCCACAUACCACGAAGAGAGCCUGCUGAAGAUCCCUCAGCUGGCUGCCAUCCACCAUAAUGACUGCAUGUUCCUGGCCCACCACCUCAUCACGCUGGGCCACCACUUCGGCCCGGUGUUCACCACCAACUACACCGCCUGCUCCUUCGUGGACCUCGUCCCCAGCCUGAGGAGGCAAGGCACUCGCUGCUUCAUGAACCAGAUGAACGUGCUGAGGGGGGAGAUUAUGGAGAGUCUGUCCACUGCCAGGGACUUCUCCAACCUGGAGGACAAGGCCAACUCAGAGACUGCCAACAAGGCCGUACGACAGGUGGUCAUGCAGCUGAAGAGGGUGGGCCGAGUGUGGCAGGACCACCUCCCCGUCAACAUCUACUGCAAGGCCAUGGGGACGCUGCUCAACACAGCCGUCAGCGAGCUCAUCUCCAGGAUCCUGGCACUGGAGGACAUCUCCUCGGAAGAGGCCAACUUCCUGCACGGCCUGUGUGAGCACAUCCUGGUGCAGGGCCCUCAGGUGUUCACCCCCGUGCUGGACGAGAAGGAGAACAGGAGGUUCCAGGAGGAGGUGUCCGUCUACGUCGCCAAGUGGAUGGCCUUCAAGGAGCUCGCCAUGGUGCUGCUGGCCAACCUCAACGACAUCCUCAACAGGUGGGCGGAAGGCAAGGGUCCACUCGCGCUGGCCUUCUCCUACAACGAGGUCAAGGGUCUGAUCCGGGCCCUCUUCCAGAACACGGACCGCAGAGCAGCUGCUCUCGCCCAGAUUGGACCCAGUUUUUGAGCCUGUGUUAUCAUCAGCAGCGCCACCUAGUGGUCUUGGGGCAGAGUGGACAUGUCAUGCGUGGACUGACUAACAGCAGUGGUGUUCUUCUCACUUAUGUUUGUUUGCCUGGUCAGAACAUUGUUUUCGACAGGAGCCUGGUGACAAUUGUAUGCUUGGAAUUUCCUUCCAGAUCUCCCGGCUUGAAAUUUUGAAAAACAAAAAACACGCCUUGUCAGGAAUCCUAAAUAGUGAAAUCCCUCAAACGCUAAACCACAAAAGUUCGUCAUUAAUACUGUACAGCUUAUGUCUCUUAUCUGUGUUGUCUCAAAUGCAAACAAAAAUACAUAUUUACAGUUUAA